AUGCAAGGGACGAGCAGGACAAACGACAGCCCAGCGACGUCUAGAGCGCUGACUGCUCAUGGCGUGCGUCAACUCGUUGAGGAAGCGGGAUCAACUGUAGCCAUCACUGUCCAAGUGCUCAGCAUCUACCGCUAUAUGGUCGACCCGACACUGCGGACGCAAAUGGGACAAUCAUUUCAAGACACACACGACGUUUUUGACGUGCUCGUGAGCGACGGCCGCACCAAAAUCAAGACGAUCCUCGACCCCUCGUGCCAUCGUCUCGUCUAUACACGAGCGCUCCAAGUCCAGAGCAUCAUCCGAGUGUACAAGUUUAAAGUGGUUUCGAUCGAUGCAGCGGAACGAAGAGGACAAAAAAGAAGCAGAAAGAGACGAAGUGUCGUUGUGCUGGAGGAAAUUGAUGUGGUGCCGCCCUGUCACAAGGACGGGAAUGUUUGCAUAGCAGGGGAUCCACAGAAAGAUGAGACGCUUUCGGGAAGUACUGAGCAGCUGGAAUUUCUGUCGGUAGUUCAUCCGCGAGAAGUGGAACUGCUGCCGUUGGUAGGGAGGCGUGUCUACUACUUGCCGCUGCGAUCGGAUCAUUACGCACUUGACUGGGCGUGUAGUUUUACUGGUGGCAAGGCGGAAGAAGACUCGCCACUGGAUGAGCUGGAAAAGGACUGGACUCGUCGCUACGGCGUCUCUAUAGCUACUAACGUUGAUAAUGAUGAUGAUGAUGGUGGGUCGUGCAAUGGACUGAACGAAGUGACGCCCAGUGCAGUUGUUGCGUGGAAUACCGAUCCCGAGUACUGCUCGGAUCUAUUCACGCCCGAGUGCAAGAGAGUUUUUACGAUUCUAGAGGUGCUCGAGAAGAUUCAACACGGUGAAAUGAAUGGAGGAUCGAGCGAGUUGUACCCGCCUAUGCUAGGGGUCAUUCGGGUUAAGUCUCAGUUGAUAAACUUGGGGGAUCCGGACAUUGCGAAUCCAUUUCCAUUCGCGUUCAAUGCGGUUGUAGUGGACUCGACGGGAGUGUUCGAGGUGCUAUUCCUUGACCCCAUGUGCGCAAAGUACUAUUUGUCGUUGCACGAAGGUGACCUUAUCCAAUUUCGAGGUUAUUCGACCAUUAGCCCACACACGCUUCAGACGACGUUGACGACAAGUCCCUUAAUUUACUACGGACCUGGAUCGUCUGGAAGCGCUCUCCAUGUGCCAAGAAGAUAUUGGAAAGUCUUGGAAAUGACCGAGGUGGCACCGCGUUUGCUACAAGGCAGCGACGAUAUUUCUUCACUACCCCAGCAAACAGGUUCAGGCAGCAAUUCCCAGCUGCGUCCAUCGUGGCUCGAGUGCAGCUUCGUGACCACCUUGAGCACGUUGCACUGGGAUAACAAAGCGCUUGGCAGCUUACACAUGAUGUACUUUGACUUUGUCGGCGUGCUGUCAAAUGUCGGAAAGGUCUGUCUCGGACGAAAUCGUAAUGCAGACGACAAAGGUCCCAGAACAACUGUUUACAGGUGGGUGAAGAUGAUCGAUAGCAGCUCACCGCAUGAACUGGUUGUCAGAGUCAGUGAGGGCUCCCAGCCAGCCGUUUUUCGCUCCCUCAAGGCAGGCAAUACUUUGAUGGUAACAAAGCUUCAGUGGGUCGUGCUGUCUGGUGCCAAUACUGGUGGCAACCGCAUUCAGUAUGCAACAACGAGUGAGUUUUCCGUGCUUCGUGUGAACGAGGCGGUGACCCCGUAUCUUUCUAUUGAGGAAUGCAGUCUGAAUAGUCGCUUCGCGAGCAAUGUCCGAAAGAACGCCGUUAUUGCAAUGGAUGGGGUAACUAAGGAGAGCAGCAUGAUCACGCACACUGAAACAAAGUAUCGUCCCCGGAACCGCUUGCCGACAGGUGUUGAAGAAUUCAAGCAAGUGUUCGGUUUGACAGUCAGUUCACUGAGUGACCUGUCGAUGUUACAGCUGCAGUCGGAAGCGUAUGAGUAUCGGCACGUCGGCUUUGUUGGUCAGGUGCGCGCUGUCAUUGACGAGACUGAUCCAACAAAAGGUAGACCACCAAUUCUGCUGCAGCUCAGCGAAAGGGAGAAUACCGAGCAAAUGUUGACUGUUGCAGUGACCAGUAAUGCCCUCUACCAGAGGCCAAGCAUCAAAAGAAGCGUGAAGGCAGUCACUCCACCCGAGGCGCUUCCUUUGAUAAGACUUCUGCCGGCUGCAGUCAUCGACGACAUUUAUGUCAAAGUCCUUCGAGACAGAGUGCGGUCCAGCUGUACUGGGCGUCAGACGCUAUCGCUGCCGUUUAUCGAAGAGUACCUGGUGCACUCAGAUUGGGACUACUUCUUCUCAUUGCGAUUCUACCGGGAUGGGAUUGGACACGUUACCUGGACAGUCGAUGCCAUUCUUGUUGUGCUGUAG